GCAUUGUAUCGUGAUGAAUGACAUUGUUAAACUAAGAGUUCAAAGCCUGCCUACCUAGGUAGGUAAUAUAUAAAUGUCGCCAGAAGCGCACUUGGAGUUGAAGUUCGCAGUUCAGACUACACAAAAUUGCAAACUUAUCUACUAAAAAACAGGAUCAAGAUAUCAGACCAAAUCCCCCUCGUAAUUACCAUACACAGGAAACAAGUAAUUAUUUCGUAACCAUGGCACAGUCGCAGACGAUGGAGCACAUCAACGAAUUCUGGGGUAACAGUGUUACCUAUGAUGAGCUGUCCAGCCAAACUCAAGCUCUUGUGAACAAGGGGUUUGAGAUUGAGCAUGAGCUUUCCGAGCUCUUCAAGAAGGCAAAGACUGCAGAGGACGGCGAAGACCUCAUGCCCAAGUACCGGGAACUCAGUAGAAACUACUGUGACUUCCUAUCUGAUGUCAAAAUCCAGAUUGCUGGCGAGAAAGCAGAGCAACUCCCCUCAAGUGUUGUUCAGCAAUGGGGUGUUGACCUUAGACAGACGUGGCGAGCACUCAUCGCCGCACAGAGCCACUAUUACGAGAUUGACUAUUACAGUAUUCCUCGUGAGGUUGAGGACAUUAAGCCUUAUGUGCAUGAUAUGUUCAAGCAUAUCGCAAUGACUCAAGAUCUAGUCGCCAUUAGCACCGAGAAGGUCAAGAGGAUCUACAAUGAAAUCAGAAGAGUUGAAAAGCUGGAUGUUAGCGUAGAACACCAGGGUGAUUUCCUCAACUUAGAUGAAGAGAUUUCUAGGUUAUACAUUUCUAAGGUAUGCCCGCCAACCGAUGCGGAGUUGGAGGCGUCUGGGGUCUAUUCUACUGAUGUUAGUGGUAUGGACCCGGACCCAUCAUCAUCGGAUGGCGAGUAUAAUCAGAACUGUAGCAUGAUGUAAGGUCUAUUACCGGCUAGGCGAGAUAUCAGGACAGAUAGUAGUAGAUAACUUUGAUGUAGCUGCGCUACUAUACCUACGCAGGUACAUAGGUAGGUAAUAUCCACAAGUUUGCAAAUGGGAUGAAUCAUAUAG